GUUUUAUUGUAUUCGUGUCCGUUCCAGUCCCAGAAUCAUGUCCAAGGAUAUUCGUUCCUUUUUUAAUAUGGGUUCAGCGAAGAAAGCUGUCCAACCAGCGGAAGCAAAAACCACACCGAGCUCCAAGCGAAAGGCCGUCAUCGUGAGCGACGAAGACGACGAACCCGGGCUGAAACCAACGAAACGAGCAGAAUCCAGCAGCAAGCCUUCUGCCGGAGUGAAGAAACGGCGCGUGAUCGAAUCGGACGAAGAGAGAAGCCCGAUCAAGAAGAAACCGGAGCCUUCGAAACCGAACCUCGAGAAGCCAAAACCGGUGAACGUGACGGAUGUGUUCAGCUCGGCACCGGUGAAGCGUGUGGAGCUGCCGAAGAUUCCCAAGAAGAAAACGCUCGAACCGGUGGUGCAGGACGACGUGGUGACGUUGGACGAUGACGACGAACAGGUCAUUCCCGGCACGCCACAGCCGGAAAAGAAGGCACCGAAGAAAGAUCGCAAUGGAAACGAUCGUCCGGAGGAGAAGCGCAGUCCCGAGAAAAAAGCCACCCCUCCAAACGACAAGAAAGCAACUCCUCCCAGUGAUAAGAAAGUGAAGGCGAAGAAAGAAUCGAACGCCGUCGAAAGCCCCAAGGUGGAGCAGAGCUCCAAGGGACGCAAGAAGCCCGAACUUGACUCGUCCGGUGCCAAGGAGUUGAACGAGAGCGUUCUCACGGACGAGGAACGGUAUGAGCGGAAACGUAUGUCGGCGAUAUUGUAUCAAAAGUUCAAAAACCGCCAAGGGCCAGCCAAUCCCGGUUCCAAGCCAAUUCCCGAAGGUAAACCCAACUGUCUCGAAGGACUCCAGUUUGUUAUCACGGGCGUGCUCGAGUCGAUGGAACGCGAUGAGUGUGCGCAGGUGAUUAAGGAUCUGGGUGGAAAGGUGGUUGGAGCCGUCUCGAAAAAGGUAACCCACAUGGUGGUCGGUGAUGAUUGUGGUCCAAAGAAACUAUCGCAGGCCGAAGAUCUCGGCAUUCCAACGCUCAGCGAAGAUGCUCUAUUUGAUUUGAUUCGAGAAAGAUCCGGACAAUCGAAGCAGGGAACCGGUUCAGCUAUCAAGAAGGAAAGUCCACCCAGCACGGCCAGUGGAAGCAAAAGAAAAGAAUCUCCUGGUGAGAAAAAGGAUACUAAAAAGGUGAAGACGGAACCAAAAUCGCCCGUAGCAGCGCGCAAGGUGGAGGUUAAAAAGGAAGUCACGGUCUCAUCGUCGGUAAAAGUAAAGUCCGAAAAGUCUCCGACUAAACCACAGUCCGUAAAGGUGGAGAAACACAGUUCACCAAAGAAGCAAGUGGAAGAGGUGGCCAGUACUGUUGCUGUGAAGCGUGAGCUGACGGAUUAUCAAAAAGACAUUAAAAGCACGGACAAUAUGGCCUGGGUGGAAAAGUAUAAGCCAUCGAGCACGAAGCAAAUCAUAGGCCAAAUGGGAGCGGCCAGUAAUGUGCAGAAACUGAUUGUUUGGUUAUCGAGCUGGCACAAGAACAACGAUGGCACGAAGAAACACGCCAAGCCGAGUCCAUGGGCUAAGAACGAUUCCGGAGCAGCAUUCAAGGCGGCACUCCUCUCCGGUCCACCCGGUGUAGGCAAAACGACGACCGCAACACUGGUUUGCCAAGAGCUUGGCUUCGAUACGGUCGAGUUCAAUGCAUCCGAUACACGCAGCAAGCGGCUGUUGAAGGAGGAAGUAUCGGAACUGUUGAACAGCAAAUCACUGGCCGGAUAUUUCGGUGGCAAGAGCAACAAGGUAUCGUCAAAGCAUGUCCUACUGAUGGACGAAGUAGACGGAAUGGCCGGUAAUGAGGAUCGCGGUGGUAUGCAGGAACUGAUUGCACUGAUCAAAGAAAGCCACAUUCCAAUCAUUUGCAUGUGUAACGAUCGCAACCAUCCAAAAAUCAGAUCGCUGGUGAACCACUGCUUCGAUCUGCGCUUCAAUCGUCCCCGGGUGGAGCAGAUUAAGGGAGCCAUGAUGUCGAUCUGCUUCAAGGAGGGUCUCAAGCUAGCGCCUGGUGUGCUCGAGGAAAUCAUUACCGGUACGGGUGGUGAUGUGCGGCAGACACUGAACCAUUUGGCACUCUACAGUGCAGGUAAACCGAUGGCAGCCUCAAUGUCGGUAGAUGCGGCCAAGAAGCAGGCAGACUCAUCGAAGAAAGACAUCAAGAUUGGACCGUGGGAUGUGAUCAGAAAAGUGUUUUCUGCCGAGGAUCACAAGAGCAUGACGUUGAACGAUAAGGCGGAUCUGUUUUUCCAUGACUACAACAUUGCACCGCUGUUUGUGCAGGAGAACUAUCUGAAGGUACAGCCUAAAGCUCCCCGAUCGGAACUGCUGGAACGGAUUGCCCUGACGGCGGAUAGUUUGAGCCGGGGCGAUAUGGUUGAUCGGCGGAUCCGAUCCAGCAUGGCCUGGUCACUGUUGCCCGUUCAGGCCAUGUUUAGUUCCGUCAUGCCGGGUGAAUUUAUGGAGGGUCACUUUACCGGACAGAUAAACUUUCCCGGUUGGCUGGGCAAAAACUCGAAAGCCCAAAAGCGCAAACGGUUAGCGCAGGAGAUUCACGAUCAUACAAGGGUGGCCACAUCGGGAUCGAGACUUGCGAUUCGCUUGGAUUAUGCACCGCAUCUGCUGCGAUCGAUUGUUCAGCCGCUGCAGAAACGUGGUGCCGAAGGUGUGAACGAUUCGCUGGAAGUCAUCAAGGAGUACCGGUUGCUGCGUGAGGACAUCGAUUCCCUGGUGGAGCUCAGCACUUGGCCAAAGCACAAGAGUCCCAUGGAUACGGUUGAUGGGAAGGUAAAGGCCGCUCUGACGCGUGCCUACAACAAGGUGAUCGCUCCGUACUCGUACUCCGUGAUGGGUGCGGUCAAAAAGAAGGCCCACGAAGCAGCUGACGAUGCGGAGGCACUGUACGGAAUGGAUGGAGAACAGGACACCGCGGGAGGGGCAGAGUCGGAUGAUGAGGAAAAGGAGGACAAAAUCGAUGAUAAUGCUUUCAUUAAGAUCAAGAAGAAGCCAGCGGCUUCCGGUGCCGCUGCAGGGAAGGCCUCCACUUCCAAAGCGGCUGGUGCAUCGGGUAAGGGUAAGAAGAAAUGAUUGUAAUCAUUCACGACGUGUGUUUGGUGGCCAAAAUGAUGUAAUAA